AUGGACCACGCCCUUUCCAGUUUUCAUCUGAUGGACAAAGCAUCCGGCCGAGUCCUCAGCUUAUUUUUCGGUAACUGGUCCCACCCAGAUGUGAACAAUACGGUUGGCCUCAGCCUCCUCCGUUACCAGCUGGCCCGCUCCGAUGUGAACAACACCGUAGUGUUGUCCACCUUCGGAUUCUGGAUUCCUUUGUCCCGAGUUCGCCAGGACCAACUGGGGACUGACGAGGCGUCCUUCAGCGUCACCGUCGUCUAUCAGCCUCUACCGGAACAGAGGCAUAGCGGCAUCGCCUUCCUCAUCCUCCCCUAUUGGGCCCUAAUUGAUCUCGAAUACAACGGGGCAAAUAGCUCCUUAGCGAAGCAACUGGUGGCCAGAGACAUCGGCUUCGUCGACCCCAAAUCUGUAACCCGAAGCGCCUCCUUCUCCGGCAGCUCCGUCUCAGUCGGGAUGGGCGUGCUGGCUAACCUCACGACCGCAAGGUACAAUGGUCGCGCCAUGGUAGUGGAAAUCAUCAUCCAUCAGGAGGUGGCAGAUGCCAUCUCUAACUAUUCAGUGUGGAUCGACUACAACCGCGUGGGGCGCAGUUUCUCGGUCUACGUGGACGUUGAAGGCAAGCCAAAGCCUGAUUACAACAUAGUCGAGAUGCAACAGAACAUCAGCAUCGAUUUCCCGUAUGCUAGUUUCGGCCUCGUCUCCACGGCUGCACAAUUGCUUCAGCCCCGAGGCAUCACAUGUAGGGCAACGGUUGAAGGCCUCCCUCCCCACUACCACGACAAAGGAGGCACCCAGUCAAGGAAGGUAACCAUCCUGUCAUCCGUCCCCGGGUCCAUAGCCACUGCCACCGCAAUGGCCGCCGCCGUGGCGUGCUACUUGAACUCGAGGUACCGGCGGUGGCACAAGGACCUGGACCAGCUCGCCAAGUCUAUGGAGCGACUCCCAGGGGUCCCAUUGAAGAUCGACUUCGCAGACAUCAACAAGGCCACCCGCAAAUUCCAUGAGGACAUGAAGCUCGGCAGAGGAGGUUUUGGCACUGUGUACAGGUGCACGCUCCCCGCCGCCGCUUCCAAGAUGGAGCGGCCCAUGGACGUGGCCAUCAAGAGGUUUACGCGCGAUGUGCAGAAUUGCCGCUACGACGAUUUCCUCGCCGAGGUCAGCAUCAUCAACCGGUUGCGCCACAAGAACAUCGUCCCCCUCAUCGGGUGGUCAUACAACAAAGGAGUGCCGCUGCUUGUGUUCGAGUUCAUGGCAAAUGGUAGCCUAGACCAGCAUCUCUUCCAUAGAGGCGGCAGCGGCACCAGACAGCGGAACACCGAUGGCGCCAUCUGGCAAUGGGCAACCCGCUAUGAGAUCAUCAAGGGCGUAGCCACCGGCCUGCACUAUGUCCACCACGAGUACGAGCCCAUGGUGCUCCACCGUGACAUCAAGGCGAGCAACAUCAUGCUGGACUCGAGCUUUCAGGCCCGUCUUGGUGACUUCGGCCUGGCCUGCACCGUCUCCAUCGACAGGAAUUCCGUCACCGGCGUGGGUGGCACCUGGGGCUACAUCGCGCCGGAGUACCCGGUUAGCCGCAAGGCGACGCGGCAGACUGAUAUCUAUGCGCUUGGGGUGCUCAUCCUCGAGAUUGUCACUGGGCUGCGGGCAUUGGCUGAUCACGAGGUGGUGGAUGAUGACGACAUGCAUAUCACAGAUAGGGUGUGGCGCCUUCACCGUGAGUGGAGGCUACUGGAGUGUGUGGAUGCCAUGUUGACCAACGGUUCAACUCUUGACACCGAGGAGCAGCUAGAUACUACUGACGAUGCGGAACGCCUGCUGCUCCUAGGCCUGGCCUGCAGCAACCCGAACCCGUCAAACCGUCCAACCAUGCCUGAUGUGGUGCGGGUCAUCGCCAAGUCGGUACCGCCACCACAGGUGCCUCCUCAGAAGCCAAGAUUUGUGUGGCCACCUCAGGAAGAGGGACGUUCAGUGCCCUCCGAUGAUGGUGGUAGCACGGGUACAUCGAUGAUGAGUAAUCUCGACAAUAGUACGGCAACUUGA